AUGAUUCGUUAUACAAUUAAACCGUCUAAAGCUGUUGUCAGUGUUUCACUUCAUCAAAACAGUUUAAAUGCGAAUGACAGUCGUUUUCCAAAUAUUGAUCAUUAUAAUGAUGAUUCCGCGACCUCUGUUACAAAAUCAUCACAACGUUAUCAAUCGAAUCAACGUAAGACAACGAUUAAAAAUAAUGAUAAUAAUAAUGACAGAAAUCCAAAGAUCAAAAACAAAAAAAAAGGUUUAAAAUUCAUUCCGAAUAAACCGUUUCAUUUAACAAAUGUAUUUCGACACUGUAUUACGAAAUUGCUCUCAUCUUCAUCGUCGUUUACUGGUAUUACUACGGAUGCAUUUCUUCUCUCUGCCUAUUCAAAUCGUUCUGAAUUUAUUAUGAAUUUACCGACUGAUGAACAAAUGGCUCUUCGUUCAUUACAAUAUUAUGAUGACAUUAUCACACGUCCUGCAGAUAAAAAUGUAGGUAUAGUUGUAAUGCAAUCGUCCGUUUAUGAAUCAAAAGUCCUACAACAACUUAAUGAUAGAGAAUAUUAUGAAUCACUGUCUUAUAAUCCAACUAAUCAGACUAAACAACGUAUUAUUUUUGAAGUUAAUCAACUGUUCAAAAAGAAACUGAUCAACUUUUCUACGUUGAAAUUUAUUGAACCGAAAAACUUAUCUUGUGGUACAUUUUAUAUUUUACCGAAAAUUCAUAAAAAACAUUGUCCUGAACGACCAAUUAUAUCCGGGAUAGAUCAUCUUACAUCAAAUAUAUCUGAUUACUUGGAAAGACUCUUAAUACCGUAUGUAUCACUAUUACAAGAAUAUGCUAUGAACGAUUAUCCAGUACAGAAUUAUAUUGUAUUAAAAGAUACGAAUCAUUUACUGAAAGAAAUCGAACUUGUCGAUAAAAAGAUUUUAAAUCGUAAUCUGAAUGUUCAACAUCUUUAUAUGGUUACAGGUGAUAUCACGUCUCUGUAUACAAAUAUUCCUCAAGACGAUGGUAUUCAGGCACUAUCAAACUUUAUUACAAAUUUCGGUUUCUUACUUGAUUUUCCUUUAUCUACAUCGGCAUCGUCAUUACUAUUAGAUCCGAUAUUGAAAAAUAAUUUCUCAUGA